ACGAAAAACAAAAUAAAAGAGAUUUCAUCAAAGUAGUUGCUACGAAACUGUGCAAAGGUUUUAUCUCCAGCUUGUUUUCUGCCAGCCGUCUACGUUCAGCAUAUUUAUGUGAAAAACAAAUAAACUGGUUCGAGUACACCUGCACCGGGCAGAAAAUAAAGUUUACCGCCGUACGGUGAUGUGUUAUGUGGAAGUGUUACCUUUGCACGGAAAUACUGCCUCCGUCAACAAUCUACGGAACCGGACACUGAAACUGCUGGAACAAUUUAAAGGCUCGGAAUAGUGACCAGUGCUGCUGCCAGCAUAAAACUCUGCGUUUGAUGUAGGAAAACCAGACAAGAGGACACUGGAAGAAAAAAUAGAAACACUAGCAAAUCUCGCCAAAUAAUUCAACAUUCGCUGAAUGUUGUUGUGCAAGUCGGUGGUUUUAUUCUCGUGUCCAUGCCUGCUUGAUCGGAACGUGUGUGACUACUUGCUGAAGGAAUCCAAAGCAGUGUAAUCUUCUACGUGUUCGGUGCAACAAAUGCUCGUUCUCACAACACAACGCACACCAGAGCAAGAUUACGGCAAACGUUUGCAAAGAUUUAUUCAACACUGCCACAAUGCAUCACAAUGCGCAACAUAGGGACGAGCUUACUCCGGAGAAAUUGCUGUAUAUCCUUCGGAAAGGGUAGGAAGAUCACCCAACACACAGCGCACGCGUGUUUUGGAUACAUCCCGAAAGAGUAUUUGACGAUCGUAAAGGGUGUCUGGAUGCUUUUAGAAUACAGAUAAACAGAACACAGCAGUUUGCUGUAUCAUAUUUCAAAUGUAAUUUUGUUUCCACGUUCGUUAUACCAUGCCACUCCAGUGAUAUAUGUGCCGCCCAGUCGUUUUAAUCAACGAAAUCAUAUCAAUACUUAAUCUAAUCGCUACCAAAAAUAUAGUUUAAUAUCUGUUAAAACAUCGCGUGAACUUCUGAUACAGAAUACAGGGAGAAACACAACGCGUCUGCAUCAAAUAACUAUUUAUGCUUAACGAUUAGAGCCGAAAACGGAGAAAAGCAUGGCCACACGCUUAGCGACACAACGAAACUUUAUCACCGUCAUUCCGGCGACCUCCGGGAGCGCAACGCCUGUGCCCGUGACAAUGGAGACGAGCGACGACACUGCCGUACCGCAAACGGUUACGUCGGAAGCCGAAGAUGCGCUCGUUGGUUGCGGCAGCCCGCACAAUGGCGCUAGUCAAUCGGAAUCGGAAGUGGAAACGGUCAUGACAUCCCGAACCAGCAACCCGACGCAGCAGUUGCCCACCAUCACCGUCGCUAGCAGCUUGAAGAAUGGAGCCCCAAAAGGGUCGCUAAUGCCCGCCACCUUGCUGGCCAAUGGUUCCAACAUUAUGAGUCUGUUGGGUGGCAGCAGCAGCGGACUCUCGUUGCAGCAACUCAUACAGCAGAAAAAGAUUGUGAUAAACUCCAACGGCACCGUACUGGACAUCGUCCCAAUCACCGAUGAAAGCGAGGGGACUGAUUUGAAGAUGGAGAACGAAAAGCUGCUGGUGGAUGGAACGGUAACCAAUGAUAAUACAGAGUCCGGCAAUUCAUCGGAGGGAACCGCAGAUGACGUCCCACAGGUGACGGCUCAGGUAGCGGUCGUGCAAACGCAGAGCCCAACAAGUGGAACGCCGCAGUACAUUACGGUUACUGUUUCGUCGCCGGAAAAUGUGCCCAAUCACCAUGCGUACGUGCAGUAUGUCGACUCGGACUUGUACACCAGCUCCGGCCAGGGGCAGACACAGAUGGCGUAUCCUGUGUACACCGUCGGUGACUACGGCUCGAACGGUCAGCAGCAAUACUACACCACGGGCGGUAACUACAAUACGACCGGCGCUGGCACGAACACGACCGCCACCGGCCAUACGGACACAACCGGGACCGGUAAUGGGACUGCCAACGGUACCACCACAGCGAACGCCAAUGGCACGGUGACGACCGGAAGCGGAGGAUCGGCCAAUACCGGAACGACCAAUCAGCAGCAACAACAACAGCAACAGCAGCAGCAGCAACAACAACAAUAUCUCGUUCCUGUCGAUGAGUCCGUGUUGCUCGGUACGGCCAGUGUGAACGGCACCGGUAACACUUCCGGCGCGCAGCAGCAUCCCUCCGAUUCUUCGCCGCAAAACAUGACGGACGUAGCAUCCUAUUUGCACGCACAGGCAAACACCUCCACCAUGGCGGGUCAGGAUCUCGAUCCCACCCCCGGCCUAACCCAUGCUGCACGCGUGCUGCCCGCUACGGUCAAUUGGCUGAUGGAAAACUACGAAACGGCGGACGGUGUUAGCUUGCCACGCUCGACCCUCUACAACCACUACAUGUGGCACUGCAACGAAAACAAGCUGGACGCGGUCAAUGCGGCCAGCUUCGGCAAGCUGAUCCGCUCGGUGUUCAACGGGCUGAGGACGCGCCGGUUGGGCACGCGGGGCAACAGCAAGUACCACUACUACGGCAUCCGCAUCAAGCCGACGUCCCCGCUGGUGAACGCGAUCGAGUGUAAGCCCCAUCUGGCGGGUGGAGGAGGUGGCGGAAUGCUUGGUACUGGCCAUCAUCAGCAGCUCGGAAGCAAUGGGUUGGGUGGUGGUGGUGGUGGUGGUUCGGGGGUGAUGGGAGGCAACAAUGGGAGCGGUGGAAGCAAUGGGAUGCACGUGCACGGUUCGUCCAACAGCCAUGGCCACGGUAAUGGUCUGCAGAACAACGGGUCUAUGGGCCACGGGGGUGGCGUUGGGGGUGCCGGACAUCUCCAGCAAGGUGGUGGCGCUGGUCAUGGGAUGUCGAUGCAUGGCCACGGCGGUCGGGUGGGCAAGAAGAACAGCUUUAAGGCGGAAAUGCCCGAAGCAUGUGCUCAGUAUCUGGGCGAUCCGAGCGGUGCCAUACCUCAGUUUCCGCUCAUCGACAUGAUUCACCCGCUGCCGGACGACAUCACGAUGGAGGACGUGGACACGCUGCGCUCAAUCUACCGCGAGCACUGCGAGGCAUUCCUGGACGCGAUCCUCAACCUCGACUUCAACAUGAUCGAGUCACUGUGGCGCGAGUUCUGGCGCGCGGAGAACAACAACAACAACGGGGACGAGUGCGAGGAAGAGAAGUACCUCAGCAAGCAGAAGCUGUACCUGCUGACGCAGUGCGAGCCGGUGCAGGAGUUCGUGAAGCAGGUCGACUUUCAGUUCUACCAGAACAUGGUGGACGUGCUGAUCCCGGAUGUGCUGCGUCCAAUCCCGACCGGCCUGACGCAAGCGAUCCGGAACUUCGCCAAGAACCUCGAGGGCUGGCUGACGUCGGCGAUGGGCGGCUGCCCGGAGCCGAUCGUUGCGAUCAAGCUGUCGGCGGUGGCCGCCUUCGGGCAGACGUUGCGCCGCUACACCUCGCUCAACCAUCUCGCCCAGGCGGCCCGGGCCGUGCUGCAGAACGGCACGCAGAUCGCGCAGAUGCUGAGCGACCUGAACCGGGUCGACUUCCGCAACGUGCAGGAGCAGGCGUCCUGGAUCUGCCAGUGCGACACGGCGAUCGUGCAGCGGCUCGAGAACGACUUCAAGGCGGCCCUGCAGCAGCAGAACACGCUCGAGCAGUGGGCCGGCUGGCUGCAGAACGUGGUCGACGACGCGCUGCAGGAUUACCGCGGCAAGCCGAGCUUCGUGCACGCCGCCCGGCAGUUCCUGCUCAAGUGGAGCUUCUACAGCUCAAUGGUAAUCCGCGACCUGACGCUUCGGUCGGCCGGUAGCUUCGGUAGCUUCCACCUGAUUCGGCUGCUGUACGACGAGUACAUGUUCUUCAUCAUCGAGCACAAGGUGGCGAAGGCGACCAACACAACACCGAUCGCCGUAAUGGGCGAGCAAAAGGUAAGCGCUCGACCGGCGCAGGACGAUCUCGAUCGCGUGCUCUACGCCGAGUACGGUAUGGUGAACGUGAAGCUUGAACCAAGCGCAAAGCGGAUGCGCAGUUAGUCAAUUUCCGGUGAAGAGUACACCUAAACAGUGGCCGCCGACCUUGCCGAAGGAAAGAUUUUCGUUUGCCGUGUGCCAGCGCCCCAUCAGAAAGGAUGAGAGGGGGUCGCAUACUACAGCUUCAAGCAUUCCGUUUACACUACGAAACCAAAACCAAAACCUGACCACGCCAUUAUUUAUCACCUUCCACCAUCGCCAUACGAUACCCGCACAAUUGAUCCCAAAUUACCGAACGUGGCCGAACAUGUGUCGCUUGGCGUAUGUUCGCUCCAUGUUUUCGGUCUGUCCCACAUUUGUUUCGUUUUUCGUAGGGUAAACUUUAACGCGAGCACGUUGAAGAUUUACGGGUAGUUUUUAAUGUACGAUAUUAUUACACGCAGAGACGCACAAUUGUUACCACCUUUUGUUUUAUCUUAAUCCCAGUUCGUAACACAUUCGCUUUGCUAUACUUUCCGUCACUGUACCAGGAUAUUAUUUAUUAUUUAUUAAAAUCGCCACCAGUGAGAAAAAUGAUGGCUGGCUAAUAAUUUAAGUUGUUGUUUCCGACAACGCCGUUGACCGACGUAUUUAGAACCCGCUGGGUGUUCUAUAAGUUCCGACUGGUUCGAGUGCGAAACGCCAUCGACGACGGACGGGGGUUCGCUAUUAUGUGCAACUUUCAAUUAAGAAGGUACAAAAUCUCCUACAGGAUGAUGGUUCAUAGUAAAUAGCGAAUUAUCGCACAGAAAGGUAGAAAAUAUUCGAGCACAGUUUUUUUUUUUACGGUCGUGUUGAUACAUACAAAAACCCUCGACUUCAUGCGUAUCGACAGAUUCCUAAUGACAGAAUUGGCCGGAGUAAAGUAGUAAAAACAAAACGUAAUACUAUAUUUAUCGAGCAUUCUCGCGGUCGCUGGUUGGCCUUGUUCCGUAGAGUUUGCCUGUGGAGAAAAGUGUGGAUUGUAAUUAAGGAUGGAAAUAGAAGAGAAAAAACAAACAUUUAAGAAAUGCACCCUCCACACCCACAGAAGGUAAAAAGAAAAACACAGCAAACAACAAACGGCAGUUGUAGUGGUAGCGUUAGUAUUCGCUGUCGAGAUAUAAGCAGUGGAGUGGAUAAUAAGGGACGUGAUUCAAUUUGUACCGACUAUUAAAUAUGUAUGUGCCUGUCUCGUGAUCAUCAGAAACCAGUAGAGUAGAGAAGUGUAGCAUAAACCGACACAAUAUGGUAAAAUAUGAGAGAUGAUGGUAGAGCUGUAUAGCGUUAUCGCAAACAAGAACACAUAGAAGCAAAUACAAUAAAUCAAACACACUAAAGCAAGCACAUCAAUCUGUGCUAACGGUGAAAUACCCAAACCCAGAUGUUGAAGCUAUAGGGCUAGCUUUAUUUGAGCUGGGAAGGAAGCGACAGCGAAUACUUUACGAUUCACUUAAAUUCGUUUAAUAUUCUCAUCGGUGACCCAGCGUUAGAGCGGACUGUAAUGUAAAAUGGAAAGACAACUGUUAAGAUGCAUCCUAUAAAAACACACACACAGACACACAAAAUCCUGAUUGUAUAUCUAUAACAGCAACAGCCAUCGGCGUGAGUGUCGCAAUGAUUGAGUAUUUUUAAACUAUA